GUUGCAACAACAUGCAGCCACUGCAACACGGGAAGGAUUGGAGAGGAUUAAUCGGUUGUAAGGACUGAAAUUAUGUUCUCAGUACUCUUGAAGGAUGACUAACCUUUAAAAGGACUGAUCCGCAAGGAUGGCAAAAAGUAUAAUGGUGGCCUACGCUUUGUGGGCAGUAGGUGGACCUUUGGGCCUUCACCACUUAUACUUAGGAAGAGACAGCCAUGCUCUGUUAUGGAUGCUGACCCUGGGUGGGUUUGGGUUUGGCUGGGUCAGAGAGGUCCUACGUAUUCCCGCUUAUGUUGGAGAGGCCAAUCAGGAUACAUCCAAAGAACAAAGGAAGAGACCUCCAUCUGUAGGCCCUGUUAGGUUUAUUGGACAGGUGUGUGUUGGGAUCUACUUUGGCACUGUGGCUCUGAUAGGCCUGAAUUCCCUCAGGUUCUUCUAUCUCAUUGUUCUGCCUCUGUGUGUGGGCGCAGGGGUGCAUCUGGUGUCUAAUGUUGGCCAACAGACCUCUGAUCUCCAAAAGACUUUGACAGCUUGUCUUCUAACUUCGCCAUUGUUCUACGGCAGCACCUUUUCACCUCUCCCUGUAAGCCUGGCUGCUACUAUAACUGCUGCACAGCAUCGCAGGUUCAAACCUCCACAAACACCUGAGACAAUACAGGACUUAGGUCCAAGGCUUUACAGGCUCGGCCUAGCCUGGCUGGCUUUCUCUGCUCCUCUGGGUUAUUGUAUUUUCCACAACACAACAGCCACCCUGUACUACCUGUCAGACUGUGUUGCAGCCCUGCUAGAUAUUUUCUGGUUCCUGCCUUGGCUCAGAAAUGCAUUGGAGUACAUACUUUUAAUGCCAUAUCGGAUAUUGUGUGUUAUCACCGGAGGGGGGUACUAUGAAGAGGCUUGGCGGAAGGUGCUGGAGAUACUACUCAGAGAGUACACUGAGAGUGAAAAGGAGGCACUUCAGGUAUUGUCUCUAGAAGUCGAGGCUUCUCUGGAGGAGAUAACUCGCAGCUACAGGGAGCUGGCAAAGAAAUGGCAUCCAGACCACAACCCCAGCAAGGAUGCCGAAGCAAUGUUUGUGAGGAUCCAUGAGGCUUAUGAGAUCCUUCUUCGUCACCACAGGCCUCGUCGAUUCAAAUAG